GUCUGCCAUUGGCGCAGGGCGCUGUUAUAAAGCUCCCCCGUGGAGACGCGCCCCUUUUCCUCCCCGGCGGCCCAAGGUGCUGUGUCCUUCAGCUGAAGCUAAGGCCGUCCCACCCCGGCGACUGGCACCGCGCCCCCACCAUGGCCUCCGUCUCCGAGCUCGCCUGCAUCUACUCCGCCCUCAUCCUGCACGACGACGAGGUCACCGUCACGGAGGACAAGAUCAACGCGCUCAUCAAGGCGGCCGGCGUGAACGUGGAGCCCUUCUGGCCGGGCCUCUUCGCGAAGGCUCUCGCCAACAUCGACAUCGGCAGCCUGAUCUGCAACGUCGGGGCGGGCGGUGGCGGUGCUCCCGCUGCAGCCGCUCCUGCCGCUGGCGCGGCGCCUGCGGGCGGUGCUGCCCCUGCUGAGGAGAAGAAAGAAGAGGAAAAGAAAGAAGAAUCAGAGGAAUCUGAUGAUGACAUGGGCUUUGGUCUUUUUGACUAAUUAGUUUUGUACCUGUCUAAUAAAGAACACUUCAUUGUA